UCUCUCAGUGGCCAUUAUGUCUUUGACCUCUGCUUACCAGCAUAAAUUAGCAGAAAAGCUCACUAUCCUGAAUGAUCGAGGACAGGGGGUUCUCAUCCGUAUGUAUAACAUCAAGAAGACUUGUUCAGAUCCCAAAUCCAAGCCACCUUUCUUACUGGAGAAGUCCAUGGAAUCAUGUCUCAAGUAUAUCAACAAGAAAUUUCCCAACAUAGAUGUUCGAAGCAGCACGCAACAUUUAGGACCAGUACAUCGUGAAAAAGCUGAAAUAAUUAGAUUCCUCACCAACUACUAUCAGUCAUUUGUUGACGUCAUGGAAUUUCGG